AGCACUGACGUGUGCGUAGCGAUUUCAGCCCAGUCAGCCCAUCGCAAGGGGGCCCACGGUGGGGAUGAAAGCCAAAGGCAGUGGAUAGUAGAUUCAUUUAAUACGUUUUAUUUAAGAGUUUUGAAACACAUACUACGUGCGUGAAAUUUUAUCCAGAUCAAAGUCGCUUGUUCGCCCGCUUAUCAAUCCGAGGUUAAUAAGAAAAAAUCCAGCGAAAAUCACCUCAAGUCCUCAAGCUCUACUAUUCUCCGAAAGUGUUGUGAGUGUCGUGCAGUCGGAGGAAUUUCCACGUCGCAAAACUGUCAAAUUACUACGUACGUGAAUGCACAACCGGAUGAUCUGAACAAAAAUUCUUCGUGAAAGAUAAAAAAAAGGCACGUUCGCCAAUUGAUUGCCAAAGUCUCCGGCGGUCGUGCGAUUUUUAUUAUUUUUCUUCUGCCUGCCGUUCUCCGUGGAUCUGACAAGAUCGUAAACCUGUUUGUUAAUUCAAAAAAAUGAGCACCGUCGAAGAACAACCUGGGCCAUCGAGGCCUUCAGGAUCCACAACAGAGGAGAAAGAAAAAGAUGAUCGAAUGUUCGAGUGUAAUAUUUGCCUGGACGUGGCUAAAGAUGCCGUUGUUAGUAUGUGCGGCCAUCUUUUCUGCUGGCCCUGUUUGCAUCAAUGGCUUGAGACUCGACCUGCUAAACAAGUUUGUCCCGUCUGCAAAGCUGCCAUAAGCAAAGAAAAAGUCAUUCCAUUGUACGGGCGUGGAGCAACGAAACAGGAGGAUCCAAGGAACAACGUCCCACCACGUCCGGCAGGUCAAAGAUCAGAGCCAGAGGGCAAUAGUUUCUCAGGUCUUGGUAUUGGAGACGGAGGAUUUCACAUGUCCUUUGGUAUCGGUGCUUUUCCAUUCGGCUUUUUCACUUCAACUUUCAACUUUGGCGAACUACGAGCUGGAUCAGCACCUCGAGGAACACCUCAAUACGAAGAUGAUCAAUUUAUGUCCAAGUGUUUUCUGUGGCUCGCAGUGAUACUCAUGAUCUGGCUGUUUCUGGCGUAACGGUGGUUAGCAUUAUUAACGAUUCUGGCAAAACUGCAGAAAACGGGCCUCACUUUGACAAACAUUAAACAACUACUGCGUAAACGAAAAAAAAUCAAAUAUUCGCUUAUAUGUUGACAGCUAAGAUUUCAUAAGACCUUGUAAAAAAUAAAUUCUUCGAAACUACUCCAUAGAAGAACUACGAUGACUUGUUUUUCCAUGGCAAAGAGCACCAUUUCAGGUCUAAUGUGAAUUGUUGCAGAAUUCUUUUUUCAAGGAAAGGCCUGUCUCCUGCAGUUUUACCACGAUUUCAGCUCUUUUAACAAUAUUUACAAAUAACAAUAAUUAUAACGAUAAUAAUAAUAUAUUCUACACGUAGUUACCUGACUUGUGAAUGCCCCUCUUCGUCUCACGCCCUCUCGGAUAAAGUACCUUUGUAUCAGUCUCGUGCAAAAUUUCACAAUGAAACACCAGGCUAAACGAGCCACAAAAAAAAACGAGCUCCAAACGUUUGUCUGGAAGAAUUUUUAAAAUUCUCCAUCCGAUUACGUUUAAUUUCGUUGACGGUUUGCAGAAAAGUGAAAAUUUUUAAUCCUCGUGUCAGCCUCUAGAAAAGUUGGCUAAAUUUCCCAAAUAUUUACACGCUUUGGUUAGAAAAUAGUAAAAAAUGUACGAGUCGUAUUCUAGAAAAAUUAAAAUAAUGUUCGUAUACAAAAAUUGUAACGCUACUUCAGUUUUUUUGCGUGAGCUACAAGGUGCCGAGAAUUUUUCAUCGUUCUGUAAAUAUGCUACUAAUUACACUGGGCCGGUUUCUUACUCUCGAAGGUUUUCAUUUAGACGAUCGCGGCAUUUGAGUCACAUAGAAAAGGAAUGUUUGUGUUGUGCAAAGAAGCAGAGUUAAUAGAAAAAACAUGUUAUUUUUUCUGCUAAACAUUGAAUGCGCAUCACUUGGUUCCGGUUUUAAAACAUUCAAGCUCAUCCCGCGGGGCUCACGCUGAUGCGUGAUCGUGUGUUUAUAUGUAAAUAUGUUUAUAGCUCGUAAGUGAAUUAUAGAUUUGAAUGAUAUCACGACACGCCCUUAAAUGAAUAAACACGAUAAAAAACA